AUGGGGACAAAAUUUAUAUCAUUUAACUCUAAAGUAACCAAUUUAGAGACUUUAUGUUCGAGAGUUUUCAAUAAUUUAGUGCCAGUUCCGAGUGGGAUAGAAAUUACUAAUAGCUUAAAGUAUUUUAUAUUGACAUUGAACAGUAUCCUUAAAGAUGUGACAAAUAUGAGCCUUGAAAUGUUUAGUUUUUUUAAGAGUGAAGAAAGGGUUUCAAAUUUUCCAAGCUUAAAUUAUAGUGGAUUCAUCAAUGCCCUAGAUAAAGUUUUAUUAAUCUUUACUCUGAUAAACGAUAAUCAAUAUGUUUUGGGAAAAAAUAUUUUACUUUCAUUUGAAGCAAUAUUUCUAUUCCUUAAUUUUAAUCAACUUCAAGAAAUUCCAUAUAAAAUAUCGACUUUAUUUGCAAUUUUUCCAUAUAUGUUAUACAAAGAUAUAUUAGAUUUGUUGACAUUUAGAUUGUUUCCAUUGAUAUUAUGUAAUGAAAAUCCAAAUAAUAACUUCUCUUCUAUACCAGCUAUAUUAUCCAAUGUAUAUCUUUAUGUUCAAGAAAAAGCUCUUCAAUCGCAAUUGGCCGAAACCAUAAUGGCGUAUAAGAAAGAUUUUCAUGAGGACAUACUUUGGGUAAUAGCUUACGGCAACGAGAAUUCUCAUUACGCCUCCACUAGAAUAUUGUUCAAUUAUUGGCCCGCUUUGAACCCAGUGCCUUCGGAACGGAAAACCAAAUUUAUGUCAUGGGAGAGACCAAAAUGUCAAGUUAUCGAAUGUUCCGGUGGCAAAGAUAACUUUGGAGAAAAGUUGUGUAUCAAUCCCGAAUUUUCGAUUAAAUAUACCGAACGACCUCCUCCAUGUAUAAUAUGUGAGUCGUGCAUCAAGAAUUACGCGCAAGAUAAAUACGGAACGAGUUUGGCGGAAUCGCAAUUUAUCCAGUUGGUGUAUCCGCUCGAAUACGUGGCCUUGAAAUGCGAAAAUAAAAAUUGCCCGAAUUCUCUCAAAAAUGCCACUCACACCUGCUUUUCUCCCGAAUGCACCAACGCCAACUCAAAUCGUCCUUUAAGACUUUGCGAUUUUUGUUUCGGGGCCAAGCAUAAUGUCGGAUUCAUUGCUGGCAGCGACAAAAAAUCUCACAUUUUUCAGGAGCCAGUCGAGAUCCUCUGGUCCAAGAAUGCUGAUAAAGAUAAUAGUGAAAAGGACGAAAAGACUGUGGCCGACUUAUUGGGGAAUCUAGAUUUUGUGGUGGUUGAGGCUAUCGCUCGAUUGAUAGUCAACGUGAAACCGCACCACACCAAGCCCAAAAAGAAAGGCGGGCAAAAUUUUGGAGGUAAAGAGCAUAAGAAUAAGGUAAAGUACCAGGGUGGAAAGAGCGACGAAUUCGAAGAUCCAACCGGAUAUAACGCCCUCGCCUCAGUCAAAAUUCGGGGUUUGAACAGGUCCUUCUCAUUCGACGAGCGAUUAAUGCUCAGCCGGUACGGCAUAUACCUGCUGCUGGGCCUGACGGAGAAUUACGAAUCGGCACCUUACGAAGACCUAGGUCGCUUAUUCUCCGCUCUAUUCAGGUGGUUCGAUUCAACCGCUUACCUCCCCGAGGGAGGAUUAGCCUCUUCUAUAGAGGCUCUCAAGCCCGACAAGCUAAUACCCUGGAUACAGGACAAAACCCAUUUCUUGUCCCUGCCUAGCACCAAGGAUCUCAUAGCUAACACAUCUUUCUGUCCCGAAAUAUUUUUCGAAAAAAACGCGAAAAAGCCUGAAAUAAAAGAUGAAAAUAAGAGAACGUCCAAUGAGCAAGAUGACAUAUGUCUGGAUCGCUCUCAGCGCCUCUUCCUGACUUGCCUUAGCCCGGACGCGUUACUCCCCGCUUUCGCUUCCGGCUUUUACUCUCACUUGUCCUCAUCGACUGGCCUUUUUCGCCUAUUCUGCCUCGUUCCUUACGACGUUGUCACGCCCGCCGCUUGGAAAAUACUCAUGCCCUUGUGGCUUAAAUCUCUGGCUAAGCCCGACCACUCAGACGAUUCCGACAAGGACAGAUUAUACAAAUACAGCUAUACCAACGAUAACCCUAACGAGAAUACGAGCCUGCUGUUGAAAAAAACGUUCGACUUUGAAAUGUCCCCGCUUCCGUUUGAACCGGCCUCCCUAAUGUACAAUUUUAUCGUUGAUCGACUUUGCAGGAAUUACGAAGAAUACGACGAGAAAAAUGAUGGAAAUAUUAAAUGCGAGGAUCGAGCACGAAUAACGCGGGUUAAGGAUGUUCGGGAGAUUCACGACGCUUUGACUUGGUUGGAGAUUCUAACUUCUUCUGAGGUCGCGGUGAGUCUGGACACCCUGGUUACAGCCUGUUUUUUGCCCUGUCUUCGAUUUUUGCGUUCAAUCAGUUCUAAUCGAGCCAUCCUUUCAUAUAUAAUCGGAGUUACAUCUCCCUUAUCAUCGAAUGUCGAAACAAAUCCGCGGGAUAAAAUCAACGAUGAUAACGCCCAUUUUGUCUUUCGGAAAGUUGACCAAAAUUUCACUGACUGGCAAACUUGGAAAAAUGAACAGAGAGCUCACUUGAAAUCCAAAUCCAAUGAUUCUCAUUCCUCCAAUUUCAAUAAUAUAGCUACCGCUUUCCAAAUCGAUCGGGCCUGCAACCCCAUCAUGGUCUGCGUCGCCAUGCUAGUUCGCGUAUUGAAGCGUCAAUUUGAAUUGCAAAGACUGAUUCUACCUUACGUAGCGGAAAAUAAAAGAGUUCUAGAAAUCACGUCAAUUUUGCAAUCAGUAUUCGAUUUGGCUUACAGUUCCCUUACCUUUAAAUACUCGCACGAUAUCACUGUCUAUCAAAGCGAAUCGUUCUUCCAUCAUUAUUGGCAUCUACUGAAUUACACUUUUCAACAUUGCUGGGAUCUGUUGAGAUUCAUUUGUCCGGAAUUUACUCUCUCGUACAUCAGAAGCGAAUCGUCGGAAGUGGGAGAUUCUCUAUUAUCUACCGAAAGCGAGGACGCCUUAUCUAGCGGGGACAGCGGCAUAAAUAUGGGCAGAGAUUACGGGAGCGAUUUGUCAUCGACGGGCGAUAAAUUCAGAAUUUCUAAACAUUUUCACAUCUUCCAGAAAGGCGACAAACGCAUUAGCGGUAAAGGUAAGAUAAAUCGUUAUGUUCCUAACUUGGACGAUACUCCGAAAUCUAGAAUCAAAGACAAAAGUUUUCAACACUUCAAAGAAGUCGAACCUGCUAAAGAUAACAGAAUAAUCGCUGAAAAACGACUCGAUCUUAAAACAGCUUCAGAACAUAAAGAAACUCUCACCACUAAAAUAUCGUCUUUUCCUGAGUUGAGCAAAUUAAAUUUGGCGACUCAAGCCCAAGCGACUAUGACGCGGGUGUGUAGCGCAAACAAAAAGGGUCUGUUGAAAAAACAAAUUCAAAGAGCUUCCGGCGUCGGCGAAGGCCCUCUGCAAAUAAUGACCGCCACUGUUUCUAUGUACUAUUCGGACGAGGAUACGCUUGCCACGGAUGACGGAUCCCUUCCGGAAAUUGUGAAACUCCAACAAGAAAAACCUUACAUAGUAAAUCAAGGAAACCUUGAGGAUAAAAGCCACCAUAUCUUAGGCCAAGAAGAGCAAGUGGAAAACGUUGGAAACGAGGAGAUGCUGGAAUCCUUGGUACUCGUACCCACUCAAUCUGUCACAAUUUACGAAAGGUCACAUAAUGAUGACGAAAAUAAAGAAAAUGGCGCUAAUGUAGCAAGUACAAGCAGUGAAUCUUCACAAAUAAAUGAUUUGCAAUAUGUCGUGCCAGAAAUGGCGUCUGCCUCGGUCGUAUGCAUGCAAGAACCUACAGUUUUGGAAGGACACGUCACCGAAUAUAUCGUGGGGAGUCACGCUUUAGUUCCGAUCGAAGGUCCUAGUUCCAGCCAAACGUAUGAGCCCUCUAGGGUAAAUAUCUCCGCUGUUUCGGGCCAAGAAGGAACAACACGUAAUAUUUACGACCUAAGCUCAAAAGAUAGCUUGGGAACCCUGAAAGGGGAAACGGGAGAGAAAGUGGGAUUCGAGGAAAAUCUAGAAGAGAAAACAGAUUUGGACGAGACCCGUUCCUUCUGGAAAACGAGCCAGGGAGAGUUCAAAAUUAUUUACGCGGAGCUGCCCGCGCGGUUUAAGCUGAUACAUUCCGUGUUUAAGGUCGUUGCCAGCUUGAACAGAAACGUAAAACAAUCGAGAGAAAUGGCCGGGGAACGAGCGGUCUCUACUAACACCCCAAAUGACGCGGAGUCUCAAAUCUCUAACACUAGCUGGAAAGUACCCUCCAGGAACUUGGAUAUUCUAUUAAAGUAUCGCGUGAUUGGCCUCUACAAAUGCCUGAAUUUUUUAAACGACGCCAUCAUCUCGGGGCAGUUCCUGUUGGAUAGUAAGGGCGAGAAUAGGGGGUUCGUUAUAUGGUUUCAAGAAAAUUUGAUAAUACCUACCCUUUGGUCUUUGCUCGCCAUUUUCGAUUCCUACCUGAAUCAGCUGAUCAUACCGCUUUUCUUGAAGUGCCUAACGUUCCCUAACGGUCGAAGCUCUUUUUGGAAACUGAUAACCGUGAAUUACUUCAACAACGAUUGGAAGCGUAGGAUUAACACCGUUAAUAGCUUGUUUUCCCUCUUUCAACUCAUCCAUUUCGCUGGCGACGAUAUUCGUGGCAAGGAAGAAUGUCAAAAUUGCAUGUCCUACGCGUUUUAUGUCCUGGCAUAUAGCAUAUUCGAUUCGAACUUGCACUUGGCUCAGUAUACCAAAUUGACGUUUCACUCUUUACCCUUCGGAUCUUACAAGACAAUAUUCAAAUAUCUCGAUUGGCAAUUCGCAUACUGCCGAGUGGACCGGUUAGUGAUCUUGAACCUGAUUCAAAGCUUGUUGUUGAUCUUCAAAACGCGUUGUAACCUAAGGCCCACCUCGGAGUUUUACGUUUACAUUUUCUACGUAAACGCGUUCGACUUCGUCAUCAAGCACUUGGAGAUGCUGCUGAUAGAACAGUACCUUCCCACCUACUCGCACACUAAGAUGACUCCAAUUUACGGUUUUAGGCCCCUACGCAAGGAUCGUAAAUCUCAAAUAUCUCGAUUCAACGAAGUCUUGGUAGCUUAUUCUACCUCUUUUCCUGUUUUUUCAAUACACAAGACUCUUCAAUUGACGCGAAAGCAUGGCGAAACCGAUUCUGAUGAAUCUCGCCUCUCCUUCUUAGCCGAUAAAUAUUUUUCUAUAGAUUCUUUCGCUACCACCAAAAACGACGAGAAUUUGUCACCUAGGCCUAAAAAGGAACAAUAUGAAAAUGUGUUCAAGGAAUUUAGCGAGGAACAAUUGUCGAGUUUGAUCUUUACCUUGUCCGAUUCCAUAAUCAGCGACGUCGAUUUGAGUUUACAAUUGAUAACCCUUUUGGAAUUGACUCUUCAUAUUUUGGCUAAUUUAUUUCCGGCCGAUACCGGAAAAUUGGAGAAAAAGACUAAUUACAUUUUGAACGAGGCAGUUUCUUACAUCCAACAAUUAUUGCUGUAUCGCCCUAACGAUAGGAUUUUCGCGUUGACUCCCAAAGCUUUAAGGCUUUAUCCUUUGGUGAAUACUUUCUUAUCUUCGAUAUAUCAGGUUUUAGACACGAACGUCGCCGUGGGUUAUAAAAUGAUGCCCUUGGUUUUGGAUUUGCUCUUUUUUCUACCUUCCCCUCAAAUCUACGCUACCGAUAAUCCCCCCAAAUAUUUCACAUUAGCGUUGUUGGACGAACCGCAGAAAAAAUUGUGGUUGACAGCACUUAACGUCAUUUUUUUCAAGUAUGAAAUAGAUGAGAAUCCUUUGUACGUCAGAGCAGAGUCAUUAGCCGUCAUUGUUAUCCAAACCCUGUUCUCUCAAUUUUUUGAAUUCAAGAGGGGCGAAGUCGACGUUUCCGCCAAACAUCCUACGUUCACUUACUCAGCCGUCGAUGAAAUUAGAGGGUCCUCACCCACAAGCCUACUUCGACAUACCGUCGAUAGUCAGAAUGUCACUCAAAAUUUGGCCCCCGUUUCGCCCGUCACUAAAUUCGCGAGUUUUCUGAAGCCUAAUUCUAUAUCCAGAAUUAGAGAUGAUGAAUACGCUACUCAUUCAAAAUCACACACUGGUGGACUCUCAUCUGCUUUUUCCUUCGAAUCCUUGGCUUCUAUAUUGAAAAAAUCUCCCCAGCAUAAGGGGUCUGCGGAUUUAUUGGAUAUCACCGAUACCGCCUCGUCAUCUCUCUUAGAUUACGAGCACACCGCGUCUGUCACCGGCAAGGAAACUCGUGGCAGAAAAAAUGCGAAUAUCUCGAAUAAAUUUCCAGAUUUGGCCCCUUCUGACAGGAUGAACGUUAAUAAUAGUGAUACAGUUGACAUGAUCAAGGACGGGGGUGAAUAUCAAGAGGAUACCUUGGCGUUAGCUCUCGUGUGCUUGGAGAUCUUCGUGAGAAGGUGCCAGAGCAUGGCCAGUCAAUAUUUGGUCGAUAUACUCAUGUUGACCUCCAAGAUUUCGACCCAUUCAUUUUACCCCGGAGAAGAAAAUCCUUGUGACUUUGAUCUUUUAAAUCCUUCAAAUUAUUUUGCGGGCGGACAAUCAUCGUUUUACGGCAGAGUUGAUGCGGGGGCGUCUUCCCUAAGUCCAGUGCAUCAAGGGCUUACCUCAUUCGCUUCUUCCGCGCACACAGACCCCAAUACUUAUAACACGCCCCACGACCGACCGUUGCCCCACGUACUGCUAUCUAAUCUUACCAGUAAUUCGAGCCCGCUUAUAAAUCGAGAUUCGUUUUUCAUACCUGGCCAUUGCAGAUCCAUAGCUCAGCAAAUGCUACGAUGCAUAUUGCAUCAAUACGCCCCGAACAGGCUCUUCCUGCGCCUUUUCUCUACUACCCUCAGUUCCAGCAGUUCCUCUAUUUCUUCCUUUUUGGCCCAAUCUCAUGAUUACACCUUCUUCUCGUUAUUCAGAGUUAUGACCGAGGUGCUGAAGGGAUUCACAGAUUUUACUCCACUUCACCCCCUCAGUUGCUUAUUACAGGAUUUCGACCGAGAAAAGGCAUUGACAACCUUAUCUCGCGGCAAACUUACCACUUUACUCGCGAACCUUUCCGAUUACUUGGACUGCGUGAGCAAGCGCGAAAAAUUUUCGGCUUAUUGGAAGAGCCAUCUCUUUUCCCUUUUCGAGACCUUCUUCUCUUACCUGGCAUCCGAGGUUGCCCUGAACCCAGUUCAGUCUAAGAUAGAUCUCUUUAGCGCCGAUGUCAGUAGAACCCUUAUGGAUGUCAUGUUAUCCUUGCUAAGGAUACCCAUCGUCUCACAAUUUAAGAAUCUUUUUGAUUACUUUGGCAAAAUUUUGACGGCUUGCCUGGCCACCGCACCUAUCGAUAUCGAACAAUUGUGGGAAAUGUGCUUUCUUUGCAAUUCUAACAUAUGUUUCAGCAAGGACAGAGACAAGCAAUAUUUUUCUCGCCUCGUCGUUUCCGAACUCGUUCAAGUUUUGACGUUCAAAAAAAUAAUUUUGCCCGUUAACGUUCUCAUGAUUAUACAGCUCAUAUUAAUAGAUAUGGGAAGUAGUCUGGGAUGUAAUAUAAUGCCAGCCUUUAUUCAUCAGAGCGUUAACGAGACGGAUUUCGGUGUCGAUGACAAUAUUGUUGACCCACAAAUUAUGAUCAAUUCCGGUGCCUCUGAAAGCGUGAAACACGUCACGAACGAAUUUGUCAAUUUUGUUUCCGACAUAGCCUCCAUCACUCGCUUGCAGCAACCGCUUAAAUCUACCAAUUUUCUCGCCACUUCCACAACCCCUUCCCCCCAAAGGCCGGCGGCUUCCAACCCGAUACCCGGGACAUUAACCUCCGAACAACGUGCCAAGAUAAUUUCGAAAUCGCCGAUCAUUUAUUAUCUUUCCUCCCUAUCACCCGAUCAAAACGGUUACGUUACCGAAAAUUCUGAAGAUGAUUCGGAAGAAGAAAAAGAUGUGGAUACGAAGAAAACGUGUAGAAUCACGAGCGCGAUUAUUAGUGACGAUAAGAACGAUGACUACCAAAAUAUUUCCUUGAGUUCUACUUCUGACCUAUCUAAUAGGUCUAACAAAGAAAAUUAUUUCGAGCAUCUGAUGAUACAAUCCGAAAAUUACCACCAACAGUUGGGCGCCUACGUCAAGAUGGGCCUGGCCCAGGUUUUAGCGUGCGAAAUGUCGCGCGAGUCCGAAAAAUUUUCCACUCUAACUUCCAACCUUUUAUCCAUUCAAGGGGCAGUUAACAAAGGAACCGGAGGGCCUUCUGCCAACGUGGCCAGUCAGGGCCCGGCAUGGCUUAGAACCCAUUUUGCUUUUCUUUACGCUAAAAAAAGCUUAUCAGCCAUCACUACUCCCCCUUCUUCCAUUCCCAACUACGGUAAUUACAUUACUUCGUCUAAUCAAUGGCCUGCCAAUCUCACCCUGACCAAAAAUGAUAUCAAUCCCAAAACUUCUUACACCGGACCUGGAAAUGUCGGAGGGAAAUCUAGUAAUCUUAGCAACGAACAACAGGGGCUCAAGGAUUUUACGGAUUGCGUUUCCAAGAUUAGGUUAUCUUGUUGGAUUCUCCUGGCUUCCCUUCACAACAAUUGUUUAGCCAAAUCAUCUUCCAAUAUCCCAUGCCAACCAUUUAUGUUAGAUCAUCAUCCCAAGAUAUCGGAUUUAAUUAUGCAUUUAGUUAUGAAGUUUCCAGAAUUUUCUCAAUCCAGUGUUUUGCACACCACGGCGCUCUUUUACGGCUUUAUUCUGUGCCAACUUUGGACAAUCUACAAUGAAUAUAUCAUUUCCAUUCAUCGGGAAGAGAGCGAAGUUACUUUGUUGGCCGAAAAUGCGUUACUGAGCUUUUGGUGUCAAAUUAUUCCCGGGAUACUGCAAUUUUUAACGAUCUCUAAAUCUUAUCCUGAAAUGAUUAGCUUGCAUUUGUUGAAUACGAUUGAAUCUUUGCAAGAAAUUAACGCUUCCUCUCUCAUCAAAUUAUUUCCAUUGUGGCGUCCUAUUCUUUAUUACCAAGAACAAUUGCCCUCCCACUUGCAAAUCAGGCUGAAUAAAGUAUUAAACUGGGCUCCUAAAUUAGAAUUGAACAAAGAUAAUUUUUUCCAUAGCUCUACAUUUAUGGAAUGGCUAACGAAAGUUCAAUUUAAAUUGAGUCGGACAGAAAUGCAAUCAUCCAUGGCAAUCCAAAUUUACACUCUUUAAUAUAUAAUUUCAUAUCUUAUAAAUCCAUUAUUUUAUAAUUCCAUUAUUUAUAACGUGUAAUUUUUUAGCGUUUUAUUUAAGCAAAUUUAUUUAUAAAUUAUCAAAAUGUUUAAAUAUUUACAAUUCUUAAUAUUUAUAUUUAAUAUAUUCAUUUAUAAUAAUUGUUUUUUUUUAAAUGUAAUAUUUUUUUUAAAAAAAAAAUUAAUAAUAAAG